AUGAACAGUGACGAAAGAUUCGAUCAGAGAUGGGAAUUCAGAAGGAAAGAAAACGUAUGGGAUUCCUCAUCCUCGGAUUCCUCGAAAUCAUCGGAUAAGAAGAAAAGCCUUGUCUUAUUCUCGCCGGAAAAUAUCACCGGAGAUUCUCCGGCGCCGGAAUCCGGCAUCCAAAACAAUGUCUUAAACCCCACCAAAGCCCCUAAAAGGAAAGCCAAGAAAAAGACUCCGGCCGCCGGUCCCGCCGCCGCUGCCGCCGGCAGACCCGGUAAUAAAUCGAAGAAGUGUCCGGCGGCGGCGACGACGGAGAGUGGUCGAAAGAGGCGGCGGCGGAGCAAACCCGAAGAUCCUAAAAAUCCGGAAAUGAUUUUCGAGGAUCUUAAGAAAUUUUCCGAUUCGUUGAUUAGGGAAAUCAGCACUGUCCGGGAAGGAUUAUCCCGACAGUUAAGGGAAGUAUCCUCGCCGUGUUGUAAUAAUAAGAAAAAAAGUAUAAGGAAAAAAUCGCAACCUCAAAAAGAAAAAUCACUGAAAACACCCAAAAAUUGUAUUGUGGCUAUUCCUGCCAUAACGGUAAAAGGGGGUCGAAAACAGGGGAAAGUGGCGGCCGAGCCUAAGACAAAAGAUCGAAAGAUAGUUAAGGACGAUGAUGUAAUAAAAAUUCAAAAUUGUGCGAUGCCGCCGGUGGAUUCUAACACGGCGGGAUUGGUGAUGCCGAAAUCCUUAGAAAUUCCGAGCUCGGGAAACCAAGUUCGGACAAAUGGUUUAAACUCGGACACGGAACUUUUUAAGGCAAUGGAUGUCGAGACGGGAGUUUUAGGAUUUAAACGUGAAGGCGAACAAUAUGGAAAUUUUAUGUGCUUUGGGAAUCAAACUUGUCCUCGUUUGAAGAUUCGGAGCUGCCCACAGACAGCGCCGCCGGCGACUGUCGAAACAGGAUUUCCGGUGGCGGCGCUGUCGAAAAAGAUGAGUUCUAACACGUCGGAGGAAAGAAAUCAGUAA